CGCUAUUCUCAUCUGUGCUGAGGCUUGGCGCACGCGAAUUUUAAACUAUUGCUACUGUGUUUUUCUUAUGCUAAUUCACGCGUUAGCUGACUAUAUUUCGUUCGGUACACUGCCACUGGAAGUCUUUAAGGUCUUGUGAAGUUAUAGUGUGACGGUGAAAGCAAGUCUGUCAUCAUGCCAAAGUGUCCAAAAUGUGACAAGGAGGUGUACUUUGCUGAACAGAAGCUCGCCCUAGGAAAAACGUGGCAUAAGGCAUGCUUUCGUUGUGAGAACUGCAGCAGAGGACUUGAUGCGAACCACACGGAACAUGCGGAUAACGUCUACUGUAGGAACUGCUACGGAAAACUGUUCGGUCCGAAGGGCAUCGGGUUCGGCAUGGGAGCGGGCGCGCUAUCCAUGGACACCGGCGAUGCGUACAAACAUGGCGUCACCAGAGAGAACGUUCCGGGGACGGCGCAGGCGCACGUGGCCGGGAAGUCGACCGAGAGCACGGUGAAGCCGCGGUGGGGCGUGACGGAGCACUGUCCACGAUGCAGCGGCAGCGUCUACAUGGCAGAGAAAGUGAUGGCCGCCGGUCAGUCGUGGCAUAGAGGUUGCUUCACCUGCACCACCUGUAAAAAGAAGCUGGAUUCGACGUCACUCACAGAGCGAGACUCUGACAUCUACUGCACAACCUGCUAUGGGAGACAGUUUGGACCGAGGGGAGUAGGCUACGGAAUGGGAGCAGGCGUACUAAACACAGGCCAGUAAGAUUCUUCCAGCUUAGCGAUGCAAAUGAAUUUUAAGAAACAAGGCAAGAACUGCUAAAUUGUGAAUAAUAAUAAUAAUAAAAAUAAUAAGAUGGCUAUAAAAAAGUGCCAAUAAGUCACUGAGGCUGUGAAGGGCCAUGCAGUCGCAUAAAACUACAAGCGCAUUUGAUUUUAUUUGGCAUUUGCAAGCUCAUAUACUCAAAUGUGUACCCACAUUCCAUAGUUAGUCGAUUCCCUUGUAAUGGAGGAUUUUAUCUACAUCAUUAGUGAGUUUAUUCUUCCACAAUCGUUGCCAUAACGUCAACUUGUAAUGGGGAUUUAUUUGUAGUUGUGAGGUGUUUGAUACAUUGAAUUUUAUGUUACUCUUUUUACACUCCUAUUGUAUUUGAGAGGGAGAAAACGAAACUAGUUUCUGUAAGAUGUUUUAUGCUGCUUAUAAUGUGGGAAGCAUUUAUUCAUAAUUAUUGUGAUGUAUUGUGUGUCAUACCUAUAUAUAUGCAAUGGAAAGGGGGAAAGUCAGAUGGUCAAAUAUUAAUUUACGAAAUGCAGAAAAGGUUGGCAAUUCGUGUUGGCAUAUUAUUACCAUGGCCUUUAGCUACUGCUACUAACUAGGGUCUGUUGUCUUACACUGAGUAACACUUCUUGUAAACGUAUAGUUUGCUUUGGAGAAUUUUGUAUGUCCCUAACUGCUACAAAUUUAUUUCUGAGGUCAUAUUAUCAUCUAUAUUGGCUCUCAACUAGGGUGUGUUGCAAAUAACCCCAAUAUUAUUUAUUUACAUUAACUACUAUUGUUAUUAUUACUGGUACAGGGUCUUCUUUGAUAUUGAACUGAUAGUAUUUUAAUGCUAUCACAUAUAUAAAAAUGUAAUACUCAUAAUUAUUUUAGAAUCUAUAGUUGGUGUGUGUCUGAAUCUGUAAUCCAAGUGUGCUUACCAAAUACUGAAUCCAUUCGCUACUUGGAUUUGCAGGCAGCCACAUUUAUAAAUCAAAUAAUAGAUAAAAUGCCAAGCUAGAAACAUUUAUUCGAGAUGAAUGUCAGUCUAAACUAUGGCAUCUUUUCAUGAACUCCUCGCAAACACGUAGUUUUUAGUUGAGGUGCGUCACCUAGUGACCACUAACAGUGAAUGAAAUGCAACAAUGUAUUUCCCUCUGUAUUGUUGAAUUACACAUUUCAAACUGUCAGUAUUAUGUAGACUUGGGCUCAUUGCCAGAGACAUGUCUCAAACGCUGUAACGUGUGAGUAAACUGUCAUUCACAUCUUAUAGCAUUUUAUACUCCUGAUAAUCAACUAUUUAUGUUUCGGACAUGGUCCUUUAUGUAAUUUGAGACGCCUGUCACGUGGUGAUUAAUCAGUCUGGUGGUGAUCAAAACACGAGCGUUGUGUGAUAUAAUGCACAAAAAUCAUAUACAGCAAAAUAGUUUUUAUGUUUACGGGUUUUACUAGAAGAUCAAUUAAAAUAACAGUUGCAGGGUAGCUAGGAAGUUUGAUGUUGUGAUACGUAUACAGCAGCUUUGAAGUUUCGUAAUUUAUGUUUCUCGUCAAAUACGUGAUAGAUUAUUGUUCUCACAGUUUUUUUUACUCAAAAUAUUUUUAGAUAGUAUAGUUGUAUAACUUAAUAAACAUGUUCCUGAAAUUA